GACGACCAGCCAUGGUGGAUUAUAAUUACCUGACAAGUACCUCAUAAGCUUAUUAUAAAAGAAAUAAUUUUAAAACAGUGUUAUUAACUAACAGUCUUGUUUCUUUCCCAGGCUAGAUUGAGAAGGAAGGAAGAAGACAAACUGUUACGCAAAACUACGAGGCGAGUUUUAGGGAAGGUCUCGGUCACUAACCAUGUAUGCUACUGAAAUUGAACGCAACAUUGCUGAAGAUAGUGACAAACCCGAAUGGCUGAAAGAGUUGAUAAUGAAGAAAGGGACUUCGGGCCGUGCUAGCUCAUCUCUCGUGAAACUGGUAGACAGAAAUCGUGCAGCCUCGAGUAGCGAACCAUUGAAACAGUCCACGCAGGAGUCAAAGUGUGAGGGGACAAAAGCUGCCACCCAGGUUAUUCACCCCUCUAAAACCGAGACUAGCAGUGUGAACACCCCGGGUAGUUUAAAUACAUGUUCUAACGUAUUGGCUACGUCACGCGUGCUCACAUUCCAUAGAGCGGGAGGGGGCACUGUGCCAGGAACAGAGGAAAGCGUCCCAGCGAAAGUUGUAGGGGUAUUUGACGUACCGGUUAGCGCUAGCAGUUCAGGGUUGUUUUCCUCAGGGAGAAGUCCUGUGUCAAGUUCUAUGCACCAUAACUUAGUUGUUGGGCAUGGUCAUACUUUAACCAGUGAUUUUCGCACGCCGUUAGUAGCUAGAAGGCCAGCUUCAGACAAAAUGGGUGAAGAUUAUACGACAAUUGUUAGUGAACAUGGUGAUGUAAAUGGUUCCACGUUUGAACGCUCAAAAAUCAAUAGUCCUACAUCGUCAUCCACCUUUAGCGAUCUUAGUCAUAAUCAGCCUUCAUCCUCUGAUGAGAGUGAACAGGAACUAGAAUAUGGUCCUGGAAUUGUGGACAAACUGAAAUCUAGGUUUAUUAGUAUUUCUUUGAGGGAGAAACCUGGGAGAGCUAAUGGAGCUUUGAGACGCUAUUCUAGCAUGGAAAACCUGCUCGAUAAGGACACUAGUAUGUUUCAGGUCACUGGAUUGUCGACUUUAGAACGGCCGUUGGACGCAGGAAGCAGAGCGAAUGGUAAUUUACCUAUGUUUUUCAGUAAUAUGAAAAAAGUUAAAAGCAUGGAAACAUUGUUAUUUGAAUCAGAAAAGACCCGUAAGCACAAUGUGUUUUCUGUUACUUCUCAGCCUGUCCUCAGGAUAACAAACCAAAAAGCAAUCAAACGUCCCAGACCUAACUGUCCUCAAUCCAUGCUCAUCAACGAAGAUGUUGUGAUAAUCGAAAAUAAUGUAAAUACAGAAGGCUCUAACAACAAUCUUCCAAGUUGGGGAAAAGUAUUUAAACGUAGAGAUGUUAACCGCCAAACGUCAACCAUGAGCAUCACUGAUGAUGAGCUUCCUAAACCAGAUACUGUGCGCAAUUACAAACGUUUAUUCGAACCAUUAGAUAAAAAAUCUACACCCCAAAGUAACGUCAGAAGAAAACCACCUGUUGUGAGGGCCAUUGCAACAUUUUCAGGUAGUAAAUUCACUAACACUAUUGCCAAUUCUGGUACCCAGGAAACAGAGAUUGCUCAACAAAUUAGUAAGCAACAGGAUAGUGGAGAAAGCGUUUUGAGUCAGCAGGAUGGAGUAGAAUCAAGCUGUAAUAUUAAACAUGCCAAAAACAGUGCCAAAGGAUUACUUACUAAUGGGAAUCAAUCCCAGGUGCAAGUUGAUGACAUUUGUCAAAAAACGGAAGUAACUCAGCAACAGACUCAUUAUACAGAAUUGCAUAAUAAUCGCGAAGAAAAUGGUACAGAACACGCUUUAAAUAUAUUUGGCUCAGAAAAUGUAAACAUGACGUUUGAAAGCCAACAGAAUUAUAAAGAAAACAAUGUUGAGAAAGGAAGUGAUCCUGAAGUCAGAUUUGUCCCCAGUGGGACUUUUACGUCUGAAGUUUCCUCUACUGUCAAUCCUCCUCUACAACAAAAGCUAAACGAAAAACCAGUAGCUAACAUCAAACCCAUUCCAAAGUCAAACCAGAGCGCUUCAGUUCAUAGUUCCAAAGAAAAUCUGCCUAUUUCACAUGUCAUUAGUACAAAAAUCGACAAAAGGAAGAUGGUUCCGGGGGAGUUAGAAGGUAAGCUUAUCAAUGAAAGUGUUGGCUCAGAGUACUCAAACACGUCUAUUGUUGCAAAACAGAAACAAACACCUGUUACCGAUAUCGAAGCAGGAGAUGUUCCCAAGCCCAAUGCUUUAUUAGGAAACAAAAAACCAUGGCAAAAACCACCUGCAUCAACAUCAUCUGUUGUGUUCGACUUUCGAGGAAAGAGUGUAAAAACUAAUGUCGCUCUAACGCCAGCUCCUUUUGGUUGUAAACCAAUAAAAGUUGCCAAGAAAGUUCGUGUGGACGGUAAAGAGAGUAAAAACGGCAUUGUAAAUGGUAUGGUGACAGAUGGAAGUGAUGUAAAUGAUUUUGAAGAUGAAGACUUUGAGUUUGAGGAUCAAGGGUUAAGCGCCGAUUUACCUCAUCCAUCAGGAAUAGUGUUUGAAGGAGAAAAUGUCAUAAUUGGAAAAGGAGCUCUUUUGACAGUCAAGAAUAAAAAACUGAAUAUUCAAUUUGACGACAACGCAACUUCUACGUUUGAGUAUCCCUCUGAAACUUGCCUUCCCUCCCCUACAAUAAGCGAUUCUAGCAGUCCAUCGUGUUCACCUACUGAUGAGUUACAAAGGGAAGUUGUACAGACUCAGGAACCCAAGUCAAGUCUGACCUAUGGAGCAGGAG